GGCAGCGGCAAUGGCGGCGGCCUGGGCUCGGGUCGGGGCACUCAGCGGAGCCGCCGCCAUGGCGGGCGCGGCCUACGGGGCCCACGGAAUGCGCCGCAGUGACCGGGACGAGUAUCAGAAAGAGCUCUACGACACCGCCAACCGCUACCACCUCCUGCACAGCCUGGCCCUGCUGGCGACCCCGCACUGCCGCCACCCCCACCUGGCUGGGACCCUCCUGUUGGCGGGGCUGGGGCUCUUCUGUGGCCCCUUCUACUUCCACGGCCUCACCGGGGACCCCAAAUUCAACCGGGGGGCGCCCCUGGGGGGGUCUCUGCUCAUCCUGGGCUGGGCCGCCAUGGCCCUCUAGAGGAAUCCCAGAAGAAAUCAACCUGAAAUCGUCAAAAAUGGCAAGAAAUUCCCCCAAAAUCACCUGAAAAAUCAUCAAAACCAGACGGAAAUCAUCGUGGGGAGCAUGAAAAGGCGUCAAAACCACCCCAAAAAUCAUCAGGGGGAGCCCAAAGUGAUUGAGGGCGCGCUGGGAGAUUAGAGAGGAGUUUGGGGGGGGAAUUGAGGGGUUUUGG